GCCCUCCCCAGGCCGCCCUGUUGCCGCUCUGAGGAGUCCGCUUUCAGAGUAAAAAUGGGAGCUUAAAUUACGUUUCUUAAUUACAGAUGAGAAAUUGUUCCCACUGCAAAGUGGAGCAAGGAGAAGAGCCCCCAGCCUGGGUCUCCAGACGCCACGGAGAGGCAUACCCUCAUGGAGACCCCCACAGCUGUGAAAGCUGCUUCUCUAGCCCAGGCAUCAGGUGGCAGCCAGGCUGCCAGGUGUGCCACUUCAGGUGUUGAGCAGGCAGCUCAGAGCACAGGCUUGACGCCAAAGCAGGAGCCUUUAGAAGGAGAAGGCUGUGGAGACGCUGUACCGGGGCCGACAUGGGGGCCACCCCAGGCACUGGCGUCUCUUGACCUUUGUGAAAACAAAGAAGCUGGGGAGAGGCCCAGAGAGGCCCCUCAGGGACCCAUCAUCUAUGACAGAACUGGAGGGCAGAAUGGCCCUGAAAAUGGCAUGUCUGGGCCUGACGCCACUGUGAACGCAGGUUCCGUGACAGAUCGGAGACGGCCCUGGAAAGGGCGGCCUUAUCAGUGCAGCACCUGCGACCGAAGCUUCAAGUGCUAUUCAGAUGUGGCGAAACAUCAGAGUAUCCAUUGUGGGGAGAAGCCCUACGAGUGCAGCGACUGCGGAAAGGCCUUCAUCCACAGCUCGCACGUGGUCAGGCACCAGAGGGUGCACAACGGGGAGAAGCCCUAUGUGUGUAAGGAGUGUGGGAAAGCCUUCAGCCAGAGCUUCAACCUCAUCCGACAUCAGAGGGUGCACACGGGAGAGAAGCCUUACGAGUGCACUGAGUGUGGCAAGUCCUUCAGCCAGAGGUCAGAUGCUACCAAGCAUCAGAGGAUUCACACUGGAGAGAGACUGUAUGAAUGCGGUGAGUGUGGGAAGACCUUCAUCCACAGUUCAAAUGUCGUCCGGCACCAGAGAUCCCACCAUGGAGAGAGUCCCUAUGAAUGCACAGACUGCGGGCGCGCCUUCAGCCAGAGCUCCAACCUCAUCCAGCACCAGCGGACCCACACUGGGGAGCGGCCCUUCGCAUGCCAGGACUGCGGGCGCUCCUUCAGCCGCAGCUCCUUCCUCAGCGAGCACCGGAGGAUCCACACCGGGGAGAAGCCCUAUGCGUGCCAGGACUGCGGGCGCGCCUUCCGGGCGCUGUCGGGCUUCUUCCGGCACCAGAGGGUCCACACGGGUGAGAAGCCCUUCCUCUGCACCGCCUGUGGCAAGGCCUUCCGCCUGAGCUUCCAUCUGAUCCAGCACCAGCGGGUGCACGGCCCGGAGUGAGCCUGAGAUGGGGUGAAGGUGGAGCAGGACCAGACUGGAGGGGGUGGGGGCAGCAGGCGUUAAAAUUUUGCCGAGAGGUGGAGGUUUGUGUCACCAUUCCUUGUGCGGUAAGGAAGACAAUAAAGCUGUCUUGGUGGUUUAA